AUCCCACCACCCUCACAAGUCACGGAGGGAUGGGGGGGGUGCAGUUAGAUUUCCGGUGUCCUAAGAGUAAGAGGCGGGCAGGGCAAAGCAGGCCGCAAAGAGCAGACGUAGAGAUUCCUGCAGUGCCGUUCCAAUUUCCGCACCGGGACUUCGAAACAACCCGAAGGGCCCGGGCCGGGUUUUACCCUGAGCCCCGUGCGCAAAGCGCAGCUCUUGCGCCCUAAGCGCGCAGCGGAGGAAGGCUGGAACGGAAUUCCCAGGGCUGUUCCCCCCCACCCCAACAACCUCCACCCUCACCCCGGCCCCCAGUGCGCAUGCCAGGGAGGAAGCUCCCUUGCUCUACCCCCUCCUCUUCCUGGCACUGAGUCCAGGGGGGGAGGGAGUAAGUGAGACAGGCAUUGGGGGGGUGGGGGUGGAGAGCACCAACGAUCCCCUGCACCCUGUCCCCCCACCCACCAGCACCCACUGCAGGGGGCGCCACCCAUAGCCUCUGGGGAGGAGCGGGAGGACAAGUUGGAGCCUGCAGCUGCUGCUGGGGAGGGGGCACCAUGAACCAAGGUGUAGGCUAGUGUGGCCACAGAGUGGGCCUGAGCUCACCGGAUUGGGCACUGCCUGGACCCCAGAAGAGAGGCAGCUGGACUAUGAGUGCCCCAAGGGAGUGUGCCCACCCUUAACGCCGCCUGCCGCGAGGUUUGCAGCCAUGAGCAGGUGCCCAAGGCCUGAGGGAGCACAAUGAAUGGCGGUGAUGAUUGCUCUGGUGUGGAUCGCGGUGGGCGCCCAGCAGUCGCACCUGUGCCUGUGGGCUGGCAGCGCAGGGUGGAGGAGGGCGGAGUGCGCUAUAUCAGUCCUAGUGGCACGAGUUUGGCUUCACUGGAGCAGACUCGUGCAUACCUGCUGGCGGACGGCACUUGCAAGUGUGGCCUGGAGUGUCCCCUAAAUGUGCACAAGGUUUUCAACUUCGACCCAGCAGCAAUGGUGACCGGGAGUGAAGGCACCAAGGGCGACGAGGACAUGACCAAGCUGUGCAACCACCGGCGGAAAAUUGUGGCCAUGGCCACGCUCUACCGCAGCAUGGAGAGCCAUGGGCCACUGAGCCUGCCGCACCUGGGGCCAGGGGCCGGGCUGACCCAGCCGUCUCACCCACCCACGCCAGGACCCAGCAGUCGCCCUCAGCAGAGUCUUCCCAGCAAAGCUCCUAACCCAUUGGCCAAGGGCCCAGAACCCUACCUGCAGUGCCCCUCCGAUCGCUAUGGCAACACCUGGCCCGGCCAGAGCUCCUCCUUCCCCCGCCACCACAAUGCUCUUUUUGGGGACCUCUUCCCAGGCCGUCUGCCUGCCACCAUCAAUGGGAACACCCGCCCCACCUUCCCUGCUGAACUGAAUGCCUCCGGGUGUUCCUUCCUGCCCAGCAAGGCCCUCCCAGAGGCACCACCCCGGCCCUAUCCUUCGAGUGGACUUCUCUUCCCACCGCCGCCAGAUGAGGUGGUGCCAGGUCAGGAGAGCAACCCCUGGAGCAACCGCCCUGUGCCACUGGGGCUGCAGACUAGUGCUACCGGCUCGCCUGCCCCCACUACCCUCUCCUCCGUCUCGUCACCGGCAGGCAGCACUGAGCCCUCCCCGCAACGCUCUCGGCACUCCUCGGCUUCCUCGGAGCAGGGCCUCGCCGGACACCGCCCGGCUCCCAAAUCCUCUGGCUUGGAUGCAGCGCCCCUGGCCAACGCCUUAACCAACCAAAGCAGCAAUAACCUGCCCUCAGUGCCCUUAGGAGUUGCCCCAGAAGGCAAAGGACCGUCCGGCCUGCUGCUGCUUCAUCCACAGGGCCCAGGCUCUUUCCCAGCCAGCAGUUUGUUGAGCGCAGCCGCCAAGGCCCAGCUGGCCAGCAGGGGGCGUCCAGACGAGCUGGCUGCCAGCACUUUACCCAGCCGCUUGCUGCUCUCUGUAGUGGGUGGGCGGCCGCCUCGGCGCCAGCGCCGCUCCCCCACUGUCCUGCGCCUGCUCAAGGACUCCCACUCCGGGCAGGCUGGGGUUGCCUAUGAGGAGACGCCAGCCCGACUCGCCCGGCCUCGGGACCAGCCGCCCGCAGGAGAGGCCAAGAACGGACCCCCAAGCUUGGCGGCUCCAGUCCAGCCGCUGUCGUCCCUGCUCAGCCUGCUUGGCCCUCCUGUGAGCUCGCCGGCGCCUGGGCUUCCCCUGCUGCCCUUGACCCCUUCUGGCGAGAGCCCCAACUCUUUGCCCUCCUUCCAGGACUUCAACAGCCAGCUCCUCAGUCUCUUUGGGCAGCUGGCCUCCGCGUCUUCCGAACAGAUCUCAGGGAGCCUCCCACAGCCAAAACCUCCUGUCUCUCCACCUGGAUCCCAUGGCCCCCCAGGUGCCGCUUCUGCUUCGCCGAUGACUCCCAAAGCCCCUCCAGCCCCCAGCCCCAUAGCAGCCGCUGCCACCACCAGCGCAGUGGAGGGUGGGGGCCUGGGCUGCCCGCUGCCCUCGGGCACCGAUCCUUUCCCCUUCCUGGCACAGGAACAGGCACUGCCGUUUGGGAAUGCUCUACCUCCUGGGCUACUCCCUCUGAGCUCCUUCCCCUUCUCGCUGACCCUGGGUCCAGAGACACCGCUGCCCCCUCUCAACCUGCAGGGGGAGCCAGAGGGACAGCCUUUGCUGCCUCUGGUGCUGCCCAGCCUGGAUUUGCUGCAACCACCAAGUGGACUCCUUGCAUCCCUGCUGGCACUGCCAGAGGCAGCAUGUGACGGGGAGAGGGAAGCCGCGACAACCGAGCCCUUGCUGGAGCCAUUUGCCAGCCUGCCCGAAACACUGCAGCCCCUGCUCUUCCCAGCACUUUCCACCUCUCCGACUGUCCUAGCUUUAAACUCAGCGCUGUUGGCAACUAGCCUGGGCUCUUCUGACCCUGGGCCAGGCCCUACACAGACUGGCUUAGCUAGCACUCCUGUGGCACCUACCUCCACUAGCACGACAUCGACGACUACUGAGGGCACCGCCCCGGGCACCCCCAGCACCUCAGGGAGGCUGAACCCCCUGAUGCCUCAGCUUGUAAACCCACUGCUGAGCACCACGCUUCUGGGCGAUCUGUCAGCGCUGAACCCAGCCCCGGGUCCCUCGUUGAUUGGCAACCCCCUGCUCCAGGCCCAGCAGCCGCUUCUGCCGCCCAAUCUGCAGGGGCCUCUCGGGCUCCAGCUUUUCCAAGGGCAGCUGCCCCUGUUGGCAGGCUCCAACCCCCUGGCCUGCCUCCUUCAGAGCUUGCAACUGAGUCCUGGCUUUGGGGCCCCAGAGAAGCCGCUGCUACCCAGCGAAGCCCCGGCCCCACCCUUGCCCAGCAUGCCCUCGGUGUCGGAGACAGAGCCCGGCCACAGCACUGUGCUGCCCCCUUGCACGGACACAGCCCCCACAAGUGCCUUAGAGCCGCCCAGAGCUCUCGAGCAAGCCGGGCCAAGACAGCAGGAGGCCCCUCUUGGGCAGGAGGCCCCUGGCUCCCACUCCCCCCUCAAGCGGCCCAGGCGCGGCGCGGAAGAGCUGAACGGGGACUCAGGCAGCAGCCUGCCGCGGGGGCCAGGGCGAGGCGGCAAGUCUGGACGGCGCGGCGGUGGGCGGGGCAGGGGCAGGCGGCACUUCAACGGCCAGCUUCCCGAGUUGGGCCCAGGGCCCCCGUCCCAUCCUGCCUGGCGCUGCAACGGAGAGAUGGUGGCUAGCAGCGUGGAAAGCCAAGCUGGGCCAUUCGCUGUCCAGGAGAUAAAGGGCCCUCCUGGAAGGCGACCAUCCCGACGUGGCCGGAGGAGGAAAAGCAGCGGUCCCCGGCCCAAUGCCCGCUCUGAGACUACACGGAUCCGGGGUCCCAGUACUGAUCCAGGGCCCAGCCCAUUGGUUGACUACUCUGUUGCUCGGCGGCCACGGCCUGGCCGGCCUGUGAAAAACAGGCGGAGGAAACUACCCACAUAGCAUCGUCUGACCCAAGGGGGCCUCCACCACUGACCACAUCGAAGCAAACAGAGCCUCGUACAUCCCGGCUUCUGACUCUCCCUACCCGCAAGUGACCACCUUUCGCCUCUGGUGCCCAGGCACCAGGGAGAGGGGGGGAUGGGAGAAAUACCAACAAGGGAACCUGAUGCUGCUGAUGGGCUCUUGGCGCCUUAGCCAUGAAUGUGUUGUAGCUUCACCAGUUGCCUGGGUCCUGAAUCUCUCCACGGGGGGCCCCUGAAAGCACAAGGUGCAGCUCUGGUCUCAGCAUUAUCUGGGUAGGGGGAAGGGAGGAGGGGAGGCAAAAGGGGCUCUAGAGCUGGGGACACCCAUAGCACUUCUUGAAGCCAUGUCUGCAAUACUCUGAAGGGGAGCUCCUUGCUGCCGUUGGCGGGGGGGCCUCUUCUGCCCCUGCUUCCAUGACUCUCUCCCCGCUCCACGAGAUUCCCCCUCCCUUUGGUCUCCACACCUCAGCAGGAGUAGCAAGGGCCGCGUGCUCCAGGAAGGGGCCACCUCUGCCCUUUCACUUCCCACCUUACCUCAGACCUGCGUGUGCUACGGCACCCGGGUGAGAACCGGCUCAGGGUUUUAGUACAUGAAUCAGUCAGUCUCUCUCUUGCUCUCUGCCUCACCAAAAACACACACACACACCCGCAGAGUUCCUUGCCCCAGUGCUAAAGGUACAAAGCAAUAAGGAAAAUAAGCCACGCUUGCUCAGGGAGCCUUCACUCCCACCAACAGCCCAGAAAUUCACUUGCUUCCUUCCAACGCAGCCCCUGCACCUCCAUGCAUAUGCUACUGUGACACAAGUAGCAUUGAGGCAAAGCCUGAGGGAUGAUUGGGCUUGCUCUCUUCCUUGGCUGGAACUGGGGUCCUGGGACUUCUAGAGCCUCAAGUGGGCCCUCCCCCGACCCUACACACAACCCCCCCAACCCUGAUCUGCAUAUUUGUUUGUUCCCCCUUGAAACAAGUCCUCAAAAGAACACUCAGGUCAUAACCUUGGUGGGGGAGAGGUUAAGGGAGUGGAGUUGUUUGUGCCAAGAGCAUGAGUGAUCCAGCUUGGACAGAGCAAUCCCUUCAUCUGCUUCCUGCCUCCCCAUCAUAACACACACACACACACUACAAUCCUCUUGUCUCUGAAAGACCAAAAUGCUCCACGUCCCCUCCCCCGGGUUGUGAUUCUCGACGCAUUAUGCAAAAGCACUGUGUAGAUACUGUACAGGUUGCGCUGUUCCUUACCCCCACCCCCACCCCCUCCGUGCACUUCAACCAACCAACCAACCAACUUCGGCCUUUGUUUUUGUAUAAAGAAAAAAAAAAGGAACGGGGGGAAAAACCUAUUUUCCUUCUUUGAGCUUAAAUUUUGUUUUGUAAAAAAAAAUUACACAAUUGUGAAUUGUAGCUUUUCUAUGGAAGCGAAUUUUAAUUUAACAGAUGAAAAUAUUUUGACGCUUAGAUUGAAGUUACUUUUUCUUUGUUUAUUUUUGGGGGUGUGUGUUUUGUAUCAAGUAUUAAAAUAUGUAUUUAAAACAAA